AUGGAAGGGUAUAUAUUACAUUUAUUUUUCUUUGUAACGGUAAAAUACGUGUCCAUUGUGGAUGAUGACACUUUCCCACAUCAAAAGGUUAGUGAUGAUUUUGUUCCCGAUUCUGUUAACAAAUUUAGACAUGAUUCAAUAAUAGUCGGUACUUCUCAUGGCCUGUUUUGCGUGUAUGAAGAGAAAACCAGUACAGCAGUUAUCUGGAAUCCUUGUAUCAGAAAAACUGUUGUCAUUGCAGUACCUAAUCUGUUACCCGAAAAAUACUACUGGACUGUUGUUGGUUUUGGCGUUUGUCCUCGGAAUCUUGACCCUAAGCUUGUCAAGAUUUCAUAUGUUUCUGCUUUCGGUAGAUUAAAAGAUGUAAACGCUAGCACCCAAGUUGAGGUAUUUACGUUAAGUUCGGGAGGGACUUGGAGAAGUCCGUUAAGUAUCAACCUUCCUCAUAUAUCCAUUGAUUUUGGAUAUUCUCAGGCAGUUGUAGACGGGUUUAUUUAUUGGGUUGCCUUUGAUAGGAUUGAUGUGGAUGAUGGGACAAGGAAUCCCAAACUGAUCAUGUCAUUUAAUGUGACAACUGAAGAAUUCACCAAAGUAAACCUCCCUCGCCCUUUAGCACUCGACCCUUAUGCUGAUUUGCUGGUAUCUAACCUAAGGGAGUCUCUUGCUGUUCUCAAGUUCAAUAAGUACACUCUGAGAGAAAAUUGUGAUGUAUGGAUGAUGAAUGGGCAUGGUUGUGCUAGAGCCUUUAAUAGGCUGUACUCGAUACGUGCAACUGAUGCAUCACUACUAUGUAAAACACUGGGAUUCCGAAAGAGUGGUGCACCAAUAAUCGAAUCGAAGAAUACGAAUCGUUUGGACUAUUUUUAUACUAAUGAACAUGAACUUGCUAUUUAUGAACCAGAAUCAAAAGACAUCACUCAUAUCGGAAUUCAUGGAUUAGAAGGUAAAUUUUUUGUGCAUUCCUACAAGGAAACACUACUUUUGCUUGGCCAACAAUAG